AUGCGACACGCCACCAGUACGACAGAAAAACAGACGCACAGUUCAGCGGACGCUUUCCGCAACGGCCAUAGUCGCACAUCGUACGCCGUGGGCGCGCCGCCUGCGCCGCCACGCGACGGACCCGAUACGACCUCGCGUAACGAUCGCGGAACGACGCGCGGCGACGCACCUUACGCUCCCCUCGUCAAAGUCGCGAGGAUGUCGCUGCCCCGGUCGGUCGGGCGGCCGUCCACGGAGCGGUGCCUGACGUUGCGGGUUGUUGCAGUGACGCCCCCGCUCGGCGCGUACCCUCAACCGCAGCCGCCCCAGGGGCCCUUCCUGCCGGCGCCGCCCCACCAGGCCGCACCGCAGUACGGAGUUGCCGGCGGUGGUCCGUACAGCGUGACGUUCGGCGGCGCCGGCGCGGGCGCUGGCGGCGUGUACGCUCCCCCGCCCUACGACCAGCUGCAGCACCACCAGGCGAUACCGGCGCUCAGCCAACAGCUGCCGAUGUACAGUCCGGCUGCGGCGAUGUACGCGGCGGCGGCGGGCUACCCUGGCUACAUCGGCUACCCCGUGCAGUACUACCCUUACUACCCGACAGCCAUGCAGCCCUCCAUCCAACCGCUGCGCCCCACCAUCAUGAUACCGCAGAACGGGUUCGAGGCCGGCGGGCGCUUCGAGGGGCUGGCGCAGACGCUGCUGCCGCCGGCGCCGCCCGGCGUGCCGCCCUCGCCCGCGCACCUCGCCGCGCUCCAGCCCCACCAAGUGCUGUGGCGU